GUCGCUGCCGCGCUUCAUGUUAUUGUGUUUGUAACGAAAAUGUGUUAAAUUUUCGAUUUGCUGAGCCCCGUUUUCGAAAACGAACGUCGCUACCAACGCCAACGUCAACGUCGCUGUUACCCGCUGUAAACAAGUGCAAUAUUAAUUAAGUGACGUCCUAUCGAGAGAGUGAUAUUUACACAAACACAUACAGAGACUGACAAAUGAUGUUAUAACAAAAACGACGAAGAGCACCAAAAAGCCACAAUAGACAACAAUUUGGGCUACCACUGUACUCGCAGCAAAGGCCAGCGCCAUGAAGCAGGAGCAGAAGAAGAAGAAGACGCAGCAGCAGCAACAACAAAUUCUGCUUGCUUUUAGCAUUUUAACAAUAUUCUGGCCACAGGCAAAUGGCGCCGAUUUGGUCAUCAGUGUGCCGAAUGCGAGCAGCAAUGACAAUGCCUUCUAUCGGAUCGACUACAGUCCGCCAUUUGGUUAUCCCGAACCGAAUACCACAAUUCCUGCCAGCGAAAUCGGACAGGAUAUCAAAUUGUCGCGAGUGCUGCCUGGCAGUGAAUACAACUUUUGGUUGUACUACACGAAUUCGACGCAUCGCGAGCUACUCACCUGGACGGUGAAUAUAACCACAGCACCCGAUCCGCCCGACAAUCUCAGCGUGCAGCUGCGUUCCAGCAAGAGUGCGUUAAUCACCUGGAAGCCGCCCAGCAUGGGCAAAUAUACGAGCUUUAAGAUUAAGGUUUUGGGUUUGACGGAACCGUCGCAUAGCGAAUACAAUCGCAGUUACUUGCUAGAUGGCAACGAUAUGCUGCAGCUAUCGGCCAAGGAACUAACACCGGGCGGCACGUAUCAGGUGCAGGCCUAUACCAUCUACCAGGGCAAGGAGUCGGUCGCCUACACCAGUCGCAAUUUCACCACAAAGCCCAAUACGCCCGGCAAGUUCAUCGUGUGGUUCCGCAACGAGACCACGCUCCUGGUGCUGUGGCAGCCGCCAUAUCCGGCGGGUCUCUACACCCACUACAAGGUCUCAAUCACGCCGGACGAUGCCAUCGAGAGUGUGCUGUAUGUGGAGCGCGAGGGUGAGCCACCCGGUCCCGCGCAGGCGGCCUUCAAGGGUCUGGUGCCGGGUCGCGCCUACAAUAUCUCUGUGCAGACCGUCUCCGAGAACGAGACGUCUGUGCCGACGACGGCACGUUAUCUAACCGUGCCGGAGCGACCCCUGAACGUGACCUUUGAUCCGCACUACACAACAACCGGCACGUUUCGGGUGCGUUGGGAGCCGCCUCGGACGUACAGUGAAUACGAUGGCUUCCAGAUAUCGAUAUCGCGGCGGGUAUUCACUGUGCCACGCACCGAGGCGAGCAGCGUGCACUUUGACUACCCCGAAGUGCUCGAGCCGGGCAAGAGUUACGAGGUGGUGGUGAAGACCAUGUCGGACAAUGUGAAUUCCUGGCCAGCGACCGCUGAGAUUACACUGCGUCCGCGUGCGGUAAGGAGCCUGAGAGGCUAUCUGGAUGAUCGCAGCAAUGCGGUGUAUCUCUCCUGGGAGCCAGCUGAGACCGGCAAGCAGGAUAGCUAUCGCAUUAGCUACCAUGAAAAGAUCAAUGGAUCGGAGGCGACACCAGCAACGACGCCGCAAAACGUUCAAACCGCGCAAACGGAAUACAAGCUGGAUGGAUUGCUGCCGGGACGACGCUACCACAUCGAAGUGCAGGCCCUGUCCAAUGGCAUCAGCUCGAAUGGGAGCAGCCUCACACGCGACACAAGGCCAGCGGCGCCCAUAAUUCAGGAGCUGCGCAGCAUUGCCCAGGGCCUGAACAUUAGCUGGCGGAGUGAUGUCAAUUCGCAGCAGGAUCGUUACGAGGUGCACUAUCAGCGCAACGGGACCAAUGAGGAGCGCACAAUUAGCACGAAUCGCACCAAUCUGACCAUCAAGUAUUUGCAUCCGGGCGCCGGCUACGCGAUCAAGGUCUAUGCGAUCAGUCAUGAAAUGCGCAGCGAGCCACAUUCCUAUUUCCAGGCAGUCUUUCCCAAACCACCACGGAAUCUCACACAGCGCACGGUGAACACAAAUCUGGUGCUGUUGCAUUGGCUGCCGCCGGAGGGCAGCGAUUACAAUGAAUACGCUGUGCGUUAUCGCACAGAUGCCUCCACCUGGCAGCGUCUGCCCAAUGUCCACGAGCCCCAGGCGCGCAUCGAGGACAUGCACUAUGGCGAACGUUAUCUGGUGCAGGUGAACAGCCUAAGCUUUGGCGUCGAGAGUCCCGCACCGUUGGAGCUGAACAUUACGAUGCCGCCGCAGCCCGUGUCGAAUGUGGUGCCGCUGGUCGAUUCACGCAAUCUUACGCUCGAGUGGCCCCGACCCGAUGGUCAUGUCGAUUACUAUACCAUUAAAUGGUGGUCGACGGAUGCGCCUCAGUUGGUCGAAUACAAGAACGUGACACAGCUGCCCGAAGAUCUCAGCUCGGCCAGCGUACGCAUACCCAUUGAUGAUCUGGCGCCGGGUCGACAGUACAAGUUCGAGGUACAGGCCAGUUCUAAUGCCAUACGCUCCGGCACCACGCAUUUGUCGACGCGCACGAUGCCGCUCAUCCAAUCGGAUGUGUUCAUCUCGAGUGCCAUGGACCAGCAGCAGGAUGCCGAUCAACACCAGCAGCCACAGACGCAGCCGCAGCAGCAGGAGGAGACCAGCAAUAGCAUAAUAUUGAACUACACGCCAACGCCCGAGUCGAGCACCCGUUUCGAUAUCUAUCGUUUCUCGCUGGGCGAUCCUUUGAUCAAGGACAAGGAGAAGCUGGCCAAUGAUACGGAGCGCAAGCUAAGCUUUACGGGUCUGACGCCCGGCCGUCUCUACAACAUAACCGUUUGGACGGUGAGCGGGGGCGUAGCCAGUCUACCCAUACAGCGUCUGUAUCGAUUGCAUCCGCUGCCCAUUGGCGAGCUGCAAGCGACGCAGCUGGACGCCAAAGAGAUAACGUUGCGCUGGACACCGCCAGCCGGCGAAUAUGCCGACUUUGAACUGCAGUAUCUGAGUCCCGAUGAGGAUGCGCCGGUACUGCUGCAGAAUUACACGACGGCAACACAGCUAACGCUGCAGCGCCUGCAGCCGUAUCACAAUUACACAUUCACCGUCUCGGUGCGAGCGGGCAGCGAACCGGGCAGCGCCAUGAUGCGCACCAGUGCACCAAUCUCGGCCAGCUAUGAAACGCUGCCAGCGGCGCCCGGUCGCGUCGAGUACUUCCAGCCAAACGAUGUGCAGCCCGGCGAGAUGAGCUUCGAGUGGCAACUGGCCGCCCAGGAGCGGCACGGUCCCAUCGAGCACUAUCGCAUCAGCUGCCAGAAUGUGGACGAUGUGGCGGAUGCCAGCAGCUAUGAGCUGCCGCCAAAUGCGACACAGGCACGCAUCGAUGGCCUGGUGCCCGGCAAUAGCUAUGUCUUUCGCAUACAGGCCAAAUCGGCGCUGGGCUAUGGCUAUGGGCUGGAGCGUGAGCAUCGCCAGCUGAUGCCCAUAUUGGCGCCGCCAUCACCACAGUCCCACAUAAUGCCCAUCGAGAUGGGGCACAGCAGCACAACGAUACAGAUACGAUUCCGUCAGAGCUAUUUUUCGAAUGCGCAUGGAAUGGUGCGCGGCUAUACGAUCAUUGUGGCCGAGGAUGUGGGCAAGAAUGCGUCCGGAUUGGAGAUGCCCAGCUGGCAGGAUGUGCAAUCGUAUACAGUGUGGCUGCCGUAUCAGGCGAUCGAACCGUAUAAUCCCUUUGGCAACGUCAGCCGUCUAAAAAGCAUCGGCGUUGAGGACUUCACCAUUGGCAGCGCCGGCUGUGACAAACAUCGUCCCGGCUACUGCAAUGGCCCGCUCAAAUCGGCUACAACAUAUCGGAUCAAGGUGCGCGCCUUCACCGAUGAGGAUAAGUUUACGGACACGGUGUACAGUGAACCAAUAACGACAGAUCGCGACGAUGUCCUGUGGCUGGCCAGCGCUCUCGCCAUAGCUGUAUUUGUGAUCUGCAUCAUCGCCAUUGUGGGCUACUAUCGCUAUCGGUGUCAGAGCAUACGACGUUCAGCCAAUAAGGUGGCUCGCAUGCAGGAUGAGUUGACUGCACUGCCAGAUGGUUAUAUAGUGCCCAAUCGGCCCAUUCAUGUGAAGGAUUUUGCUGAACAUUAUCGCCUGAUGGCCGCCGAUUCGGAUUUCCGUUUUAGCGAGGAGUUCGAGGAGCUGAAGCAUGUGGGUCGCGAACAGGCGUGCAGCUUUGCCGAUCUGCCCUGCAAUCGGCCCAAGAAUCGUUUCACCAACAUUCUGCCGUACGAUCAUUCGCGCUUCAAGCUGCAACCGGUGGACGAUGACGAUGGCUCCGACUAUAUCAAUGCCAACUAUAUGCCCGGUCACAAUUCGCCACGCGAAUUCAUUGUCACCCAGGGCCCCUUGCACUCGACGCGCGAGGAAUUCUGGCGCAUGUGCUGGGAGAGCAACUCCCGGGCGAUUGUCAUGCUGACGCGCUGCUUCGAGAAGGGACGCGAAAAGUGCGACCAAUACUGGCCCAUCGAUCGUGUGCCCAUCUUCUACGGUGACAUCAAAGUGCAACUGAUCACCGAUACGCAUUUUCGUGACUGGUCCAUAGCCGAGUUUAUGGUCUCCAGGAAUUGCGAAUCGCGGAUUAUGCGACACUUUCAUUUCACGACCUGGCCGGAUUUUGGUGUGCCGGAGCCACCACAAUCCCUGGUGCGAUUCGUGCGCGCAUUCCGUGACGUCAUCGGCACAGAUAUGCGACCCAUCAUUGUGCACUGCAGCGCCGGCGUUGGCAGAUCGGGCACAUUCAUAGCGCUGGACCGCAUACUGCAGCACAUCAAUAAGUCCGACUAUGUGGAUAUCUUUGGCAUUGUGUUUGCCAUGCGCAAGGAGCGCGUAUUCAUGGUGCAAACGGAGCAGCAGUAUGUGUGCAUACAUCAAUGCCUGCUGGCGGUUCUCGAGGGCAAGGAGCAUCUGCUGGCCGAUUCCCAUGAGCUGCAUGAGAAUGAUGGCUACGAGGAUGACGAAGGGAUUGCCGAAACAGGCAUCUGAUAAACAAAAGGCGGUCAAAACUAGAGUGAGAUAUAAAGCAGCAAGGGAGAUUGACAGAGAGAGAGAGAGAGAGAGAGAGAGAUUGGAAGGAAGGAGAAGAAGGAGGAGUAGUAGUAUAUAUGAAAGCGUGUUGCUGUUUGCUUCUGAUAUUUAUAAACUUAUACAUAUAUUUUAUAAGACAUUAUAAUAAGCUAACAGUAUAUAUACAUAUGCAUAUAUACAACACACACACAUAUGUAUAUACCUAGAUGGUUAUGUUAACGAAAAAAAAAAAAGAAAAAAAUCUGCCUGUGAUGUGCUGGAUGUGAUUUGUCUACGAGUUUGGCAUAAGCAUUAAGAAACAACAACAGCAGCCAGUCAAGUCGAGGGAGAGAGAAGGAGAAAGAGCGAGCGAGCGAGUGACUGAGUGAGUGAGACGCGCAUUUGUUGAGAGCACAAUACUCGCCGCCGCCGCCGCCGUCGCCGCCCUCCGUCCCACGCCCCUCGAUUGCCAUAGGGCCUCCAAUCGUGUUAAUGCCGCUAAUUAGACCAAAACAACAGAGCGUUUAAUAUUAAGUUUCAGGUUUAGCUAUAAUUUAGCUAUUCUUCUUACUUAUAAAGGAACAACUCUAUUUUUUUACACCUAUUAUAUUAUUGUAUUGUAUUGCAUUAUUAUAAGCUUAAACACACACAAUUUGCUCCUAUACAUGUAUAGCUACUAUACACACACACACACAUGUGAAUGUUAUAUAUAUAUUAUGCUUUUAUCAUUAUGUUUUUACUUUGUAAAUGAUGUGUGCCUGUAUAUGUAUUUGUAUUAUCUAGCGUUAGCAGCUUUUUACAUAUCGUUUGUGUAUUAUCUAUUUGGAGCUAAUUUCAAAUUGUAUUUAAUUAUUUUUUUUUUUUAAUUAUACAUAUAAAUAUUUUUUUUUAUUUAGAUAAAAAUUUGUGGAUUUGUGAAUAUUGUUAUUGCUAUUGUUGUUUCGAAUGUUUUUCGUACGGUUUAUAUACGAGUUAUAUGUCUAGUAUAUAGGGGCUACACAAAUAUCUUACGUUUUUGCCAUAUGAUCAAUGGAUUUAACUGUAGUUACAUAUAGUCAACCAAUUCCUUUAAUAGUCUCGAUGCUCAUUUUUUUAGAGUGCAAUAAUUUUCGUAUAUAUAUAAAUAUUAAUCUAUGCAUUACUUGAAUCAACAAUAGCAACAGCAACGUUAACAUUAAAAUUGUCAUUAUAAUUAUAUAGCAUUUAUUAUAGCAUUCAAAGAAAGAAAAAAACGUACAGAGUGCAACACAAAACAAGAACAAUAAACAUUCUAAUAAGACA